AUGACUAAUUUGAAAUUGUUUUAGCUAACUGCAUAUCAGAAUGCCAUAAUUGUAAGUUAAUAUUUCUAUCAUUAGAUUAAAUCAGAUUUGCCAUUUUUAAACACUUAGCUAAAAUUUCAUAGAUCUUCUUCAAUUAUUGAAGAAUCUCCUAAACAUUCAGAAAAUGAAGGAAAGAUUAAAGGAGAUAAGAGAUGUUCAUACAUUUUAGGAAUCUUUAAAACUUAUAAUAAAUCAUUUAUAGUGCUUGUUGAAGAAUGUACAAAAGUUGCUACAAUCCAGGAUCAAAUCAUUUAUCAUAUUGACCAAGUGUCUUAUAUUGCAAUUGAAGUAAAAUGUAUUUUUAAUUAGAGGACAAUAAUCCUAAUAACAAUAAAGAUAUCUUGGAAAGCUUGAGCAAUCAAAAAAAACUAUUGUAAUAAGGAUUUUAUUUUUCUAUCAAUGGUGAUAUAACUCUUGCAAGACAUUUCUAAAAAUAUGAGAAUAGCUUUGUCUGGAACAACAAACUCCUUAGUCCUUUUAGAGAGAAUAAAAUUUCUUCUAGUUGGCAACUUCCAAUCAUUCAAGGUUAUGUUGAAUAAAUAGAUUCCUAUAUUGAUAAAUAACUUAUUACUGUAGUCUUGAUUUCUAGAAGAAGUAGAUUUAUGGGAGGAACACGUUAUUAUUCAAGAGGAGUCAAUGAUGAUGGACAUGUGGCUAAUUUUGUAGAAACAGAAUAAAUACUCAUUUCAGGUUCAAUUUUAAUUAGUUUUGCUGUUAUAAGAGGUUCAGUGCCUCUAUUUUGGAAUCAGGAUAGUGUUUCUAAUAUUAAAUUAACUCGAUCAAAAGAAUUAACAUCAGCUGCAUUUAUCAAACAUUUUAAUCUUUUAAGACGAUAUGGAAAAAUAUUUUGCAUUAAUUUGAUGUAAAAUAGCAGAUAAAUAGAAUAAUUAUUAACUGAUAACUUCUAUUAUCAAUUUUAGAAAGCUCAAUUAGAUCAUGUUAAUUAUUAAUAUCUUGAUUUUCAUUCCUUUGUAAAAAAUGGUAAAUCUACUGGACUCAAUUCUUAUAUUUAUUAGCAUGAAUAAACGUUAGAUAAAUUUUAAUGCUACAUAGAAAAAGAUAAAUAAAUAAUUGCUAAAUAAAAUGGAGUUUUUAGAAUUAAUUGUUUAGAUUGUUUAGAUAGAACUAAUUUAUUUAUGAGUAAACUCUGUCUUUAUAAUUUGGAUAGAUCUUUAAAAAUUUUAAAUCUGUAAUUAUCAAGUAAUCCUGAUAUUCUUAAUUAUUUUGAUGAAAAUAAUAAGAAAUUAUUGCAUGAUUUGAUUAUCAAAUAUAAAAAUAUGUGGGCUAAUAAUGGAGAUAUGUUAAGUUUCAUAUAUUCAGGAUCUGGAAGUACAGUAUCUGAAAUGGCAAGAGAAGGUAAGAGAGGAUUUAUGGGAAUGCUCAAAGAUGGAUAUAAUAAUAUUGAAAGAUUUUAUAAUAGAUAAUUUGAAGAUGAUACUAAAUAAAACACUAUUAAUUAAUUGUUGUUAGGUUCAACAUCCUAAACGCACUUUGAUGCAUGGAUCACUAAAUAAGAAAAACAUUUUUGUACUAAUAGUGAAAUUUCAAUAUUAUUAACAACAUGGAAUGUUGGUGGUAAUAAUCCUAUUACAAAUGAUUUUUCAAAUAAUAUAUUAAAUUUUUAAGAGCAAUCUAAUCCAGAUAUUAUAGUCUUUGGUUUGCAAGAGAUUGUCGACUUAAAUCCUCAAAACAUUGUUAUAAUGAGUAAUGAAAAAACACUUUAAUUGUGGGAUUAAUUGUUUUAAGCCAAUUUAUAAAAAAUUGAAUCCUAUACAAAAAUUGGAGAAUCUGAUUUGGUCGGUUUAUAUAUGGCAAUUUAUGUUAAGAAAUCCUAAAUUUCUAGAAUAACUCAAAUUGAUACAGAUGUAGUAAAAACAGGUUUAGGGGGAACUUUGGGAAAUAAAGGAGGAGUUUCUAUUAAAUUUAAAUUUGAUGAUUCUCAUGUAAUAUUAUAUUUAUAAUUUAUUUAGUUAGGUUUUACUUGUUGCCAUUUAACAUCUGGUAACAAAUAAUGUUAGCAAAGAUUAUCAGAUAUUGAUGAAAUUCAUUAAAGAGCAUUCUAAAAUUCUAAAUCUAAAAUUAAUUUAAGCAAUCUCGAUUAUUCAUUUUUUUUUGGUGAUAUGAAUUUUAGAAUCGAUUUAUCAUAUCAAGAAGUUAUUGAACAAAUUAAACAUUAUCAAUAAUUGAUUUCUUAAAAUCAAAAUUGUCCUAAUGCAAAAGCUAAAUUAGCUUAUUUACUUAAUUAAGAUUAAUUAGGAAAAAGUAAAAAUAAAAAUUAAUACCUUCAAAACUAUUAGGAAGGUAGUAUCAACUUUUUGCCAACCUAUAAAUAUGACAAAAAUUGUCAAAUUUAUGAUACUUCUAAAAAAUUGAGAACCCCUUCAUGGUGUGAUCGAAUUUUAGUUGGUUGUAAAGAAGAAUUGAUUUGUUCAUAGCGAUUUUAUAAAAGAAAUGAAUGUUUAGAUAGCGAUCAUAGGCCUGUGUCAAGUUAUUAUGUAAUUGAAGUCAAAAAAGUUGAUAAAGAAAAAUUUGAUUCUGUUUAAGCAUAAUAUUGUUUAUCAAAAAUGUAGAAUUUUAAACAUCAUUAAUCAAAUUUUGAAGUUCAGAAAUAAAAUACAUCAAACUUAUAAUUUUUACAAUAGUAAUAACCUUAAUAGGCUGAUGAUUAUUAAGAUUUCUUUAAAGAUGUUAAUUUAUAUUAAUAAUAAUAAUAAUAGUAAUAAUAAUAAUAAUAAUAUUAAUAUUAAUAAUAAUAAUAAUAAUAAUAAUAAUAAUAAUAAUAAUAAUAAUAUUAAUAAUAAUAAUAAUAAUAGUAAUAAUAAUAAUAUUAAUAAUAAUAGUAAAAAUAACCUAUUCUAUAAAUAUAAUAGCAGCCAAUAUAAUAAAUUCAAUUACCAUAAGUUUCAUCUUUAGAUUUAAUAAAUAUGGAUGAUAAAUAAUAAUAAUAAUAAAAAUAAUAAUAAUAGUAUUAUUAAUAACCUUAAAUUUUAUAAUAAUAUGCUUUGUAAUAAAUGUAAUCGCAAUAAAGGUUAUAAAAUUCUGCAUUAUAAUAAUAAUAAAAAACGAAUCAAUACCCACAACAACCUGAUUUAUUAUGA